AUGGCAGAGCCAGAUGGGUUUGCAGUUGUGUGUGCUCUCUUGGCUUGUGGCUGGAAGAAUGAUCUACUCAAUGGGAGAGUAGUUCAUGGAAUGAACUAUAGAUAUGAAUUGGGUUGCUCUGAACCCAUCGUGGGUAAUGCUCUGAUUGAUAUGUAUAGCCGAAAUGGAAAAAUGCAUAUGGAUCAACUGGUGUUUGGUACAAUGGAAUUCAGAGACGUGGCUACAUGGACUAGUUUGCUUAAUGGGUUCAUACUGUGUGAUGAUAUGAGAUCUGCAGGCCAACUGUUUGAGGAAAUGCCUCAGAAAAACACAAUUUCGUGGACUGCUAUGAUUGUGGGCUAUGUACGUGGAAAAAGCCCAAUAUGGGCAUUGGAACUAUUUCAGAAAAUGAGAGUUGGAGGUGAAGAUCAUCCUACUUCAAUUACCAUUGUUUCUGUCCUUGCAGGUUGUGCUGAUUUAGGAGCUCUUGAUUUUGGUCAAUCAAUUCAUGGCUAUGUUUACAAAUUUGCUGGUCUUGUUUGUGAUAUUGCAGUCAAUAAUGGUCUGAUUGAUCUGUAUUCAAAAAGCGGCAGCCUUGGCUUGGCUACAAAGAUUUUUAGGGGAAUGUUGGAUAAGGAUUUGCUAACAUGGACCCCCAUUAUAUCCGGAUUAGCGCUUCAUGGUGAAGGGAGAUAUGCACUCGAAUGA